AUGCCCACCCUUUCAGUGUUUGCAGAUGUGCCUGUGGCCCACAAGCUGGAAGGCAGUUUGCUAAAGGCCUACAGACAGGACAAUGACCCUAGCAAGAUAUUUCUGGUCUACAGAGUCUGCAUGACCGAUGAAGGCCUCCCCUGGGUUUCCCUUGUGGUGCACAAGACCCGACUGCAGAUUGCCCAGGACCCCUCUCUGGUCUAUGAGUACCUGCCUGGCCUGGGCUCGAAAUCAUUCAUCCAGGCCUCCUUGGAGCUCCUCUUUGGCAAGCACAGCCCAGUCAUCAUGGAGAACAGGGCAGGGGGUGUGCACACUGUUGGUGAGAGUGGCUCCUUCCGGCUUGGGGCCCAGUUCCUCAGGACAUGGCACAGGGGCACUCACACAGUUUGCAUCGUCUCUUAUCAAAAAGAAAGCCAUGGACUCAUCUUCCAGGACAUGGGCUUUGAAGUUUAUGAAUACUGCAUCUGGGACCCCAAGCAGAGGCGCUUGGACUCCAAUGUGCUCCUCAGUGUGGUGGAGCGGGCGCCAAGCGGCUGUAUCCUUGUGAUUGGGAACCCUGUUGACUGCAGAUUGACACAAUCUCAGUGGGCAAAGCUGAUGUCCACCAUGAAGAGCAAGCAGAUAUUUCCAUUUCUUGACAUUCCUUGUCAAGGUUUAUCCACUGGUGACCUCGAAGAAGAUGCUGGAGUCCUGCAAUACUUUGUAUCCUGGGGCUUUGAAUUCUUCUGCAGUCAGUGUCUGUCCAAGAAUUUUGGCAUUUAUGAUGAAAGCGUGGGCACCCUAGUGGUGGUGGCACUCAACAAUGAGCAGCUGCUGUGCGUCCUGUCCCAGCUGAUGAGCUAUGCCCAGGCACUGUGGCUGAACCCUCCUGCCAGGGGGUCUCGGAUCAUCACCACCAUCCUCUGUAACCCCACGCUGCAGGAAGAGUGGAAGCUGAGUCUAAAAGCAGUUGUUGAGAAAAUGAUGCUGAUCAAGGAAAAGGUGAAGGAGAAGCUCCGGCUCCUGGGCACACCUGGGUCCUGGGACCACAUCACUGAGCAGACUGGGAUCCAUGGUUACCUUGGACUCAGCUACCAACAGGUACAAUACUUGAUCAAGAAGCACGUCUACAUUCCCAAGAACAGUCAGAUUAACUUCACCUGUAUCAACACCAACAAUAUAGAGUACAUCACUCAGAGCAUCAGCGAGGCUGUCUUUUCCACAGAGCACACAGAGAACUAG